AUGGAUUUCACGCGGGACAGAUGUGGGCCGGAUCUGGAGUUGAUUGAAGAAAACGAGGACAAUGAAGAAUUGAGAGUUCAUACUGGAGAGAAACCUUACAAGUGUUCACACUGUGACAAGAGAUUCAGUCAGUUAGGAGCCCUGAAAAUACAAGAGAGGAUCCACACUGAAGAGAAACCGCACACAUGUGAUCAGUGCGGGAAGAGUUUCACACAAUCAGCACAUCUUAAGGAUCACAUGAAUAUCCACACUGGAGAGAAGCGGCACACAUGUGAUCAAUGCAGCAAAACAUUUUUGAGAGCUUCAGAACUUAAAAAACACCUGGUAGUUCAUACAAAGGAGAAGCCCCAUUCAUGUUAUUUGUGUGGAAAGAGUUUUUCAUUACUACAAAGUUUGAAAAUACAUCAGAAAAUACAUACUGGUGUGAGAGAGUACAUGUGCUUUGAGUGUGAGAAGACUUUUACUUCAGCGUGCCAUUUAAAACUGCACCAGAGGAUCCACACUGGAGAGAAACUGUACAAGUGUUCACACUGCAGCAAGAGAUUCAGUCGGCCAGAAAUCCUGAAAACACAUGAGAGGAUCCACACUGGAGAGAAACCGUAUCACUGCACUGCAUGUGGGAAGAGUUUCAAUCAUUCUUCUGCUCUACGCAGACAUACAAAAAACAUUCACAGUAAGUAGAUCAUCUUCAGAUCCAGCACUUUCAGAU